CUUAACCUAAAUCAUAUCGCUAUACGAUAAUCCAAAUAUUUUUUAUAAAACAUAAUUUGUUUUAAAUUAAGCAAUCCCAAACACUGUGUCGGUAAGCCGAGCCGUGGUUCAAUUGAUUUGGUGUUUAACCAAAACCUUCUCUCAUCUUGAAGCGGAGUGGAAAGUCCAUAAUAUUUAUGCGAUUUACUUUCUGUUUUAAUGGAAAACGUCAACGGCACCGGCACCGGCGGUCUAAAUCAGAAGAUCAGUUGCGACGAUGUGAUUUCGAAGCUAAAGGACGAUGGCGAUUUCGAUAAGCUUCGUCUUAAGAUUAUCCGCAAGCUUAAGGAAAACGAAGAGUUGCGUAAUAGCAUUGUGUCAAUUGUGAAGCAGUCAGUGGCACUUAACCGUCCUGGAGUUGAACACAUGAAGCCUCGACAAUUAUCAGAUGCUAUCCAUCAAGAAGUUGGGGGGAAAAUAAAUGAACAAAUUUCUGAUGGGUUGUGGGAAAUAAUCCGAUCACCCGAAUUCAUGAAAAGCGAGAUAACAGAAACAGUGAAAUCGGUUUAUGAUAAACUUUCAAGACCGAAACAAGACGAGAAUGGUGAAUCCUCAGGCCAUGAUCCAAAGCGAAUCCGUAAAGAACAUGAUGGUCAUAGAUCCAAUCUUGGGUCGACUGGUGAACGUGAAACCGAUGGUUUGUCUGAUAACGAACCAAAAGAACCGCCUGGUUUCUCCCAGACCGUUACUCAUCAAAUUGACGUGGGAUCGCAACAAACAAAACCAGAAGGAAAUAUUUUAUUGGUGAUGGAAGAAGAAGGGAAAGAAAAACCAGAAAAGCCAUUGGAGAAUGAUGGAAGUUCACCACCUGGAUUUAACCAACAGAAAGAGGAUGGUGAUGAUGAUGGUGGUGGUGGUGGUAGUGAUGAAGAGCUUGAUGCACCUCCUGGAUUUGGUUAGUUAUUGAUUUCAAAUUCUAACUGCUAACAACAUUUGGACUUUUUUGU